AUGGAGAGGUCUAUAUUUACUUCUCAAGAAAUUAAAACAAAGCCUGCAUCCCACCGUAGGACCAUUUAUCAGGCAAGCUUGGAAGCGUACAUCAACGAGCUUCACGAGAAACUCUACGCGAAGGGCUGCUAUCCGAUACCACUUGAGAACCUUGUGCCCUGGGAAGGCCUCAGCAACAAGACGGCAAAGGGCCUGUUGGCUGGUCUUCAGCACGACUCAACGCAGAAGAAGCAGAAACUUGCGGAGAUCGAGCGUGCCAAUCUGGCACUGCGCGAUGUAUUGAAGGGCCCGGUGGACUGA